UCAAUAAAAAACAAAUUUUAUAGACAUUUGAUACCAGAAUGGAUACCAGGUCCUUUGGCCGCCAUUUCCCGACUCCGCUGUCCUUUAUGUACAGUAGCUUCGUAUUUUUUUAACAAUCAACAAUGAGUCGACGAUAGUCAGUAGGUUUCAUUUCGUUUCGUUUUAUUUCUUCUGAUGAUUUUUUUACUUUUAUAAAUAAAGGAAAUGGAUUUCUCCGAAAUUGCUGAGGAUGAUAUUUCAAGUUUGGGAUUUGAAUUUGAUAAUGAAAAUUCUCAAAAGCCAGCUGAAAAUGCAGUUAGAGGAGGAAGAAUGGCACCUAGAGGAAUGCGACCAAGGAGUAGUCCUCCUGGUUUAAUGGGACUUUUUCCACCAUUUCCAGGAUGGAGGCCUCCUUUUCAUCCAAGAUUUGGCCCUCGAGGACCAUUUAUGGAACGUCAAUAUUCUCCUCGAGGACAGUCAUUUCGUUCUAGAGGGUCUUGGGAUCAUCCAGGGAAACGUAUGAUGGGACCAUCUAGAACUAGUGGAUCAAGACCUCAACAUGGUAAUCAAUCUCGUCCCAAACAUCGUUCCAAUGCAUCCAAUUCUUCCACUACUACGGAGUCUUCCACAUUGGUACAAAAUGAUGAAAAUGAAGCCAGUGAUGAUCAAGCUGCUCAAGAAAAACAAGACAAAAAAAAUGAUUCUCAACAUGGAACCUCCAGUACUGAUUCAACUGCUGAAAAGAAAGACCUUAAGCUGGAAGAUCUUGGGAGUGAUGAUGAAGAAAACGAAAUUAACGAUCUUGAUCUUGACGAUGCUGUUAGUAUCCAUGGUGAUGAAGAAUUUGAUGUUGAAAAAGAGGAAAAUGAUGAAGAAGUUCUGUCGAAAGAAUCGUUGAAAAAGAAUGUCGAUGUGAAAGGAAAAAAUAAAACUGAUAAUAAAGAUAAUGUUUCGCAAAGAGGGAAAUUUGAAGCAAGAAAAACUUUCAAUCAUGGUAAAGGAAGAGGAGGUAGAGAUUUUUCUCGUGGUAGGGGAUCGAAUCCUGGUCCUGGUUUAACACCUCCCAGGUUCCGUGGACCAAUACAUGAUCUACGACCUCAUUUUCUUGAUGGUGGCCUUCGACCUUUUCCAGCAGGGAGACCCCUUCCUGGACCUCAUGUUGGAAAGAACAUUCAUGUCAAUCCUCGCUUUAUGACUCCAAGACCUGGAUUUGAAGGUCCCCACUUACCAUUUGCCCCUUCGUUUCCGCGACCUGGUCUGCCAGCCUUACCUGAGCUGCAUAUGAGAGGCUUACCACCCAGACCAGUUUUACCAACAAAUCCUGAGUUACCAUCAAGGUUUCUGGGUCCUCCGGCUCCUGGAUCUAUAAACGCAACUGUUCCAAGAAUAAUGCCUGAUACGAUUGUGGUUCGUAACUCGAAUACUGGUUUACUACUUCCCUCUCAAUUACCUUCUGGUGUGGCACCUGCGAUGCCAAUUGACCCCCAUCAUUCUUCUCUCCAAGCCUCAUCUCAUUUUUCUACGAGCGGCUCAGUGGAUCGUUUGUAUUUAAACCAAAGAAUGACUGGGGAAAGAGCUGAUCUUACGGCUUUGUAUAAUAACCAUGCUUUCCUGUCCAGACCACAACAGUAUCCCACAGCUUCUAUUCAUCAAGCAUUAUAUAACAUGCAGAUGCAACAAAUUCAACGAGAACAGUCGCUUCAACAUGAAUCUGCAGAAAGAUCGUCGAUCAAAAAAUCUCGGGAAAAAAAGAAUCGAAAAUAUAGCGAUGAAAGUGACUUCAGCAGUCGUUCAAGAUCUCCGUCGUUCUCUGACUCUCGUUCUGAAUCUCGCUCACAUUCAUCUUGGAGUCGUUCAAAGUCAAGAUCUUUAUCUGGGUCCUUAUCACGCUCGUGGUCCAAGUCUGUUUCAAAAUCUAGAUCCAGAUCGCCAGACCGUAGUCGAAUACACGUUUCUCCAAAGCGUCAAGUUAGAAUGCCCUUCCCUCAAUCCAGACACUCAGAGAGAUCAGAGAAAAGGAGCAAGGAGUCACGAAGAGUAUCGAGAAAAGAUAGGGACAGAAAGAUUUCAAGAGUUGUUGAAGAGCAUAGUCGGUCACCGCGCCCUAGACAUAGUUCACGUGCUGAGAAAGGGCGUGGACAGCCACGAGGGAAUAGGGUCAGGCGUAAUACUUCGAGAGAUAGACGUAAUAAAGAGAGAAAAAAUGAGAGACGAAGAAAUAAUGAUGGUGAAAAUAGAAAGCGUUCAAAGAACGACAGCAGGCUUUCUCUCAAGACCUCAGUCGAUCGCAAGUCUAAUACAGACGGUAAAGGCAAAAAAGUUGUUGCUACCAAAUCAGGCAUUUCCAGCAAACCUACAAAUCGUAUUGUGAUUGGUUCUCUCCCUGAUUCAAUCACGCCAUACAAACUGAAAGAAUUGCUUGCUACUAUAGGACCUAUUGAGCAAUUGAAAAUGUCGACGACGAAGCAUAAAGCAUUGGUAACAUUUGAAAAACAUGAGCAUGCUUUAGCUUGUAGACGAAAGUUUCACAGAGCCAAAGUGGAGGACAGUCAGAUCACAGUGGAUUUUCUUUAGGCUUUCUUUUACCAAUAUUAUAAAUGAGUGAGAAUUUCCUCAAGUGUGGCUCAAGUCAUGUAGGGUUGUAUAGAGAAAGUUUCUGUGGUUUUUGAUGGUGUUGUAGUGAUUGAUGAUGAAGCAUCAACUAUUUAAAGAAACAAAAUGGCCUAUUUGGAUCCUAAAUGGACCACUGCACACUCAGACAAAGGAGUUGAUUUUCUUCGGUUUCAUGGCUUCUUAAAACCACAAGAACUUCGGCUUCAACCCAACUUUUCAAAUAGUAAAUUUAAAUUGUUUUUGUGAUAGCAUUCGAGUAAUAGCAUUGUGUUUUUGAAACAGACGACAUGAACGCGCUCAUUUCUUGAUCAUAUUUUAAAUUUAAAGUUGAACGUGCAUGAUAUCAUAGUGUUUCCGCUUACUUUGUAAUUAAAAUCACAAGCAUUUCACUUAUAUUGCCACUCUUAUGGAUAAAAAACACUUCUAUAGUGAUAUUUCUAUUCUUCAAAGGGCUCCACUUUCCUUUAAAAUGAUAUUCAAUUAGAAAUAAUGUAUGGUGAACCUUGUUAAUACCAAAAAAGGUGUAGAAAAUUUAUGAUAAAUUGAAUAUAUGAUCUGUAAGAAAUUAAUUCUUUAUAAAAUCACGCUUCAUUCUAAUUAUAGAAUGUACAGUUAAA